AUGGAUAUUUAUGCGCGAAUCCAGUCAUGCCACCCACACGGUUCAAAUGACAUACCACUUCUUUUUCAAUUCAAAACGUACCUCACACCUUCGACUCUGUCCAACAACGACUCCUACUCGCUUAGACAUAAAUCCAAACUCGUCUUGGUAAAAUGGAACAUUGAUUUAGGAGCUCCCAAAGAUCAAGAACGCGCCACCGUAACCACCACUUUUAUCACUGAGCUGGAACCGAAGGUGGAUAUUGUUUUCCUGCAAGAUGUUUCAAAGGGGUCUUGCGGCAAAUUUUACUCGACAAUUGUAACCGUGAUUCGUGUAUUUCGAGCGAAUGUGAUGAUGGGGGAAGGAGUACACGCUCUUUCAGCACAAUAA